AUUAACAUAUGUCUGAUCGAUUGAUCGUCUGCGCUGAGUUAACAUGGCCUCUAAGGGCAAAGGCAAAGCCAAAAAUGCUAAAAAGGAAAAAGUUGUUGAGGAACUACCCCCACCCGAAGAGGAGAAGAAAGAAGAUGAAUUAGAGGAGAAGCAGGAGGAGGCUGGGACGGAAGAAGGGGCAGCUGAGGAGCAAGAACCGCCAAAGGAACCGACUCCCCCACCUGAGUACGACGAACCGACUCUGGCAGAGUUGAUCGUUGAAUGUUUUGAAGGUGAGAAGGUUCGAGGCUUAUUUGAUGGUGAAGGAACGGCCUACUUCAGUGGUGAUCAUAUCUAUCAGGGGCAGUUUUCCCAGGGUUUAAUGCACGGCAAAGGUGUAUACACAUGGAGUGACGGGGUCAAAUAUGAGGGUGAUUUCAACAUGAAUGAAAUUACAGGUAAGGGCCUCUACACUUGGCCUGACAAGAGCACUUAUGAUGGAGAGGUCUUUAAAGGUCGUCGCCACGGACAAGGGACAUUCAGAUGCACCUCUACGCCAUCCUCAUACACUGGCCAGUGGAACAAUGGAAAAAGACAUGGAACUGGCAUCAUACGCUACGAUAUGGACGGCCUGUCAUUUUACGAAGGUGACUGGGUGAAUGACAUGCGUCAAGGGUACGGCGUGCGGCGAUACCGCAGUGGCAAUGUGUACGAAGGGGAAUGGAUGGCAAAUAACCGACACGGCCAGGGCAUCAUGAGAUGGGUAGACUUGGACCAGUCCUAUAACGGUCCGUGGGUCAACGGAGUACAGAAUGGCCAUGGAGAACACACCUGGUACCUCCAUAGGUUGCCUGGUUCCCAGUACCCUCUGCGCAAUCAGUACAUCGGUGACUUCCUGCAGGGGUUGAGGCAUGGCUACGGGGUCUUUCUGUACGCCAAUGGUGCCAAGUACGAGGGGGAGUGGAUGGAUAACAAGAAAUGUGGGCGGGGGCUGUUUACUUUCAAGAAUGGUCGCAUCUUCGAGGGUGUCUUUGUAGAUGACAAGAUGGCGGAGUAUCCUGCCUUCAGCAUGGAUGGAGCCACCACACCUGACAUCAGUAACAUCAGGACCAGGACACCAGAUCCUUCAGGUCCAGGCAUGGGCGAUGUGACGUCCCGCAGUGACGCUAGCAGGAACACACUAGGCCCCAGUCUGACCUUGGAGCUAGAACACCUGCUGAGUGACUUCAAUGAGAAUGACAGAGAGGAGGAGAUCCGACAGGUGAUGUUUGUGGUUCUCCGUCACAUCACAACCUUCAAGAAAGUCUACAAUUUCUACGGCAGCCUGGGGCACGACACGUCGCCUGACAACACCUUCAUCAUGACCAGGCUUCAGUUUUGGCGCUUCCUCAAAGACUGCCAGUUCCACUACAACAAUCUAACCCUGACUGAGAUGGACAGAAUCCUAUCUCCCAAUAAGACAGUCACCGACGUUCAUAACCCUCUUGACAAGCUCCUAAUGCGAGAAUUCCUGAACAAUCUUAUUACGCUGUCCUACCAUAUCUACCAAGAGGAAUGCACAAGUCAAAGUGGUACUGUCCUGUCAUGGUGUCUCGCCAAAGCCAUGACUGAUAACAUCAUACCAGCAGCCUGCGAUGUCCAGGGCACAUUCUUGUAUGAACCACGGCGGGCAGUCAAUGCCUUGGGUUACAUGGACAAAUGCUGGGAGAUCUACUGCUCUGUCUCUUCCCCGAACAAGCAUCCGCCUUUCGAGCCAACCUUGAAGAUGAGAGAGUUCCUGUACAUGCUGAAGGAUUAUCGUCUCAUCAAUGACAACUUGACUCCCAAGAGAAUCUUGGAAGUCCUGGCAGCAGAUGAUCCGGGGGCAUAUGACACUCAUGAAUGCAAUCUAGAACUUGAGAUGACUUUCCUGGAGUUCUUUGAGGCGUUGAUUGGCUGUGCCAUGAUCUUUGUGACCGAGGAUAUUGUCAAGGACCCCUCCACCCCAAGGCCGAGCACAGUCAUAUCGCACAGUCACAGUAGCUUCAGUGCCACCACAGGGGCAUCAGCUUCAAGGGCUAGCCAGCCUCUUGAUGACAGCGAAGAGCAGGGUACCACUGGUCCUGGUUCCCCACAUCACACAGGAGCAACAUCAGAAUCCAUGUCACCAGGGCCAAGGGUAGCCUCAUCCACAGACGCCACCAAUAAGGGGUCAGGGCUGGAGCUGUCUGCUGCCAAAGUAGAGGUUCAAGGUUCAAUUGCAACUGGAAGUCAGCACACAGACAUUGGCCAAGACCCGAGCAACACUACUAUGGACCCCAAGGUGUUAAAAUCAGAUACCUCAGGCCUAGUUGCAUCAUCCCACAGUGGACCAGGAGCCCCCUCCAGUGGAGGUGAGGAUGCACAACAACCACACCUGUUGCAGUCCAUGUUGUCUAUGGGAGCUGAACAGAAUGAAAUGCCAGAGGAAGAACCGGAGGAAGAGAUGGACGAAGACACCAGACAGUUCAACUUCUGGACCCAUCAGAUCCACAUCUUCUUCAUCCGCAAACUUUUCCGAGCACACGAGCACAUGCAGAGACUGAAGGAGACGGCCAGAGUUCUGCAGGCUGAGAAAGAGGCAGCUGUCGUUGAAGCCCAGAAGCAACGCGAGAAGCGUAUCGCAGCCUAUGAGGCUGCGCGGGAGGCAGAACGACUGGCGGCUGAAGCCAAGGCUAAGGAGAUGGCGGCAGCAGCAGCGGCUGCAGCAGAGUCUAAGGAUAAUGACUUAGACAGUGGCAGUUCGCACGAGACCAUAACAUCCCCAACCAAGGGCAGAUAAAUGGUCAAGACGUGAUUUUUGUAGAUCCAAGGCUUAUGAUUACAGACUGUGUUGUGAACAUUGGAAAACUUAAGAAUGUUCCUGACCUUUUUGAAAAGUCCUGGUGAAGAGCAAGACGGAGGUCAUCAAACUGCCAUUUUUGAUUUUAGACAAGUGAAGCACCUGUUUUAAAAUUGUAAAUAAAAAAUGAAGGGUUUUCAGCUUCAUCAAAAAUAUUAUUUUAAGAGGUCCGUUGUAUUCUCAUAGCUAACUGAGCCUCUGUCUUGUCUGCUCAUCUACAGUCCAAUCUCCUUAUAUAUUCCUGUACCUUGUACAUAUUAUAGAAAUCCUUACAAUUGUUUGUUUGGCACUUUACAACACAUUUAACUAUUUCUAAUGAGCGGCUAUUUCAAUGCAAGGGCAAAACCUAAGGCCCAAUAUCAUGGGGCUGCGCGUGGUAAUGUGGUAGAGUUGCCAAAUUUGUUCACAAAAUGCUCCAGGUUGCACCCGACUUUAACCUUGACAGUCCUCAGUCCUCCAACAGGUGAAGGAUUGAGGACUGUUAGGGUUAAAGGUUCAUCAUCUUGCAGAAAUACAAAUGUUACCUAUAGCAGUGUGUUUAUUAUUCUGUCAUAAAGUCAAGUGUACAAAACAAUUUAUAUCUUAACUUAGGAAACAUUCCUAACAUCCAUUCCGUCCAAAUUAGACCAUUUCAAAGGUGCUCGCGAUUUAUUUUUUACACUUUUCACAUUCAGCACAAGCACUAGUUGGCGAAGAAUAUAUUAGAGUUUAUGUUUAACAAUCCACCAUCCAGCAUCUACAUUUUUGGGGGGAAAAACUGACUUCCUUAUUUUUGAACAUGUACACAUUUUCUGACUAAUCAAAUUUGUGACAGAGCACAGCAGAUCUUUUGUAAAGAAUCUUUUUACUGACUGUUGUACAGAAAAUUUCAACACGACAGAAUUUCCAAGAUAAAUCUUUCCUGAAACAGAAAAUUAUUUUUUCUGCGAAUGUUUUGAUUUUGAUUUCAUUUUGUCAGACAAUUGAUUUCAAACCCUCCCAGUCACAGGAUAAACCACUUUUGGAUGCAGUUCCCGGAAAACACAUUUAAUCUUUUGAAUACAGAGGAAAAAAAAUGGAUGUAAACUACUGUCCUUACCUCAGCAAAACAGGCAAAAAUAAUUAAACAAGACAGACUCCUGUUUUAUCAGUUCUCUUUCCUCAUUCGCUGAUAAUUUAUUCUUAUAAAAGGUUAAACUCUUCUACAACCAGCCAGUAGUGAAAUGGCCUCAGUAAUCAGUGGGUCCAUUCUGGCUUCAAAGACGAGAAAAAAAAUUAAAUAGCUUAAAACUGUACAACCAUUUGUUUGAAAAAAAAAAAAUCAAGACAAGAAGGUGUUGCCAACAAAAUGAAUGCAGGUGGUAAUUGGACACAGAAA